AUGGCAGAAAGCAGCCUCCCAGCAACGGGAGAAAAACUGGAGGUGAAAAAUGAGUUUCCAGCCACAGCAACAGAGGAAAGUCAAGUUACGUCAAGUGACGCUGAACUGGAUGUAUACAAUGACCCUUUAAGAGGGAUAGCGAAAGUAUGUCUCGAGGAAGGUAACAAAGAAUACAGACAAGGAGAAGCUAAUAACGCGAUAAACUCUUACACGGAAGGACUUCAUGUGAACUGCAAAGAUAAACGACUCAACGCCAAGCUUUACAGUAACAGGGCAACAGCUCAUUUCCGUUUGGCAAACUACAUGGAAUGUCUGGAUGAUGCAACAGUUGCUGUUCAAUUGGAACCCACUUUCAUCAAAGCUAUUAAGAAAGGAGCCAGAGCUUGUGUCGAACUUUGCUGGUAUAAAGAAGCAAGGAGCUGGUUGCAUAUGGGAUUGACCAUUGACAACAAUAACGAACGUCUGCUUCAAUUAAAAAGGAAAUCGAAUACUGAACUAAAGGUCAAAGCAAACACUUAUGCUAGUCUCGGAUGUACUUACCAUAAUGCUGCACAGUUCGAUACAGCAAUCGAUGGGAGACAAGGCCAGAGAAGGGUUAAGCAAUCUCGGCAAGUUAUGGAAACAAUCUCGGCAACGCUUAUCAAGGGAGACAAGGCCGGAGAGGGAGCAAGUUAUUGCAAUCUCGGCAACGCUUAUCAAGGUCUAGGAGAGUUCAAAACAGCCAUCAAGUACCAUCAACGUGAUCUAGAAAUUGCUAAAGAAGUGGGAGACAAGGCCGGAGAGGGAGCAAGUUAUGGCAAUCUCGGCAACGCUUAUGACAGUCUAGGAGAGUUCAAAACAGCCAUCAAGUACCAUCAACGUGAUCUAGAAAUUGCUAAAGAAGUGGGAGACAAGGCCGGAGAGGGAAAAAGUUAUGGCAAUCUCGGCAACGCUUAUCAAGGUCUAGGAGAGUUCAAAACAGCCAUCAAGUACCAUCAACGUCAUCUAGAAAUUGCUAAAGAAGUGGGAGACAAGGCCGGAGAGGGAAGAAGUUAUGGCAGUCUCGGCAACGCUUAUUGCAGUCUAGGAGAGUUCAAAACAGCCAUCAAGUACCAUCAACGUCAUCUAGAAAUUGCUAAAGAAGUGGGAGACAAGGCCGGAGAGGGAAAAAGUUAUGGCAGUCUCGGCAACGCUUAUCAAGGUCUAGGAGAGUUCAAAACAGCCAUCAAGUACCAUCAACGUGAUCUAGAAAUUGCUAAAGAAGUGGGAGACAAGGCCGGAGAGGGAAGAAGUUAUGGCAAUCUCGGCAACGCUUAUCAAGGUCUAGGAGAGUUCAAAACAGCCAUCAAGUACCAUCAACGUCAUUUAGAAAUUGCUAAAGAAGCGGAAGACAAGGCCGGAGAGGGAAGAAGUUAUGGCAAUCUCGGCAACGCUUAUUGCAGUCUAGGAGAGUUCAAAACAGCCAUCAAGUACCAUCAACGUCAUCUAGAAAUUGCUAAAGAAGUGGGAGACAAGGCCGGAGAGGGAAGAAGUUAUUGCAAUCUCGGCAUCGCUUAUUGCAGUCUAGGAGAGUUCAAAACAGCCAUCAAGUACCAUCAACGUGAUCUAGAAAUUGCUAAAGAAGUGGGAGACAAGGUCGGAGAGGGAAAAAGUUAUGGCAAUCUCGGCAACGCUUAUCAAGGUCUAGGAGAGUUCAAAACAGCCAUCAAGUACCAUCAACGUCAUCUAGAAAUUGCUAAAGAAGUGGGAGACAAGGCCGGAGAGGGAACAAGUUAUGGCAAUCUCGGCAACGCUUAUCAAGGUCUAGGACAGUUCAAAACAGCCAUCCAGUACCAUCAACGUCAUCUAGAAAUUGCUAAAGAAGUGGGAGACAAGGCUGGAGAAGGAAAAAGUUAUGGCAACCUCGGCAACGCUUAUCAAGGUCUAGGACAGUUCAAAACAGCCAUCCAGUACCAUCAACGUCAUCUAGAAAUUGCUAAAGAAGUGGGAGACAAGGCCGGAGAAGGAACAAGUUAUGGCAAUCUCGGCAACGCUUAUCAAGGUCUAGGACAGUUCAAAACAGCCAUCCAGUACCAUCAACGUCAUCUAGAAAUUGCUAAAGAAGUUGGAGACAAGGCCGGAGAGGGAAGCAGUUAUGGCAAUCUCGGCAACGCUUAUCAAGGUCUAGGACAGUUCAAAACAGCCAUCCAGUACCAUCAACGUCAUCUAGAAAUUGCUAAAGAAGUGGGAGACAGGGCCGGAGAGGGAAGCAGUUAUGGAAGUCUCGGCAACGCUUAUCAAAGUCUACGACAGUUCAAAACAGCAACUGAGUACCAUCAACGUCAUCUAGAAAUUGCUAAAGAAGUGGGAGACAAGGCUGGAGAGGGAAAAAGUUAUUGCCUUCUCGGUAGGAUUCAUCAGGGUCAAAGAGAUUUUGAGCGCCAAGGAAAUCUUAUGAUGGCCUUUGACUGUUAUUACUCGAGUGUAGAAUUGUAUGAUGAUAUCAGGGCCAGUCUUCAACUCAACGAUCAGUGGAAGAUUUGUUAUCGUAAUCAGCACCAAGGAGCAUACAAAGGUUUGUGGCGUAUAAAUGUCAAUCGAAGUCAAGUUGUGAAGGCUCUUCUUGCCACAGAGAAAGGACGUGCCCAAGCUCUGAGAGAUCUCAUGGUCACAAAAUAUCAGCCUGGAGAUUCUCUAACGCCCAGCACAUCCCGCACUUCUCUGAGGUUGGUUCCAUUGAGCACAGUUUUCAUAGCUAUUAAUGGACCCUGCGUUUGCUUCUGGGUUUGCCUCAGUGAAAAUAAUAUCCAGACGAGAGUAGUACACGUAAACAAAUAUAAGUAUGAGAAUGAAUUGGAAUUAUUCAUCCAGCUACUGAACAAAGCUGUUCUUAAGGAGAUCAGUAAAAGAGAUACUGUUACCAUCGAAAAUCCUCCGCUUGACUCGCCUCGGACAGACGAGGAAGUGGCCAAUGAUGUGAUCCGAGUUGAUGUGAGGCACUCCCAAUCAAGUGCUUUAAAGAAGCUGCAUGACAUCAUCGUUACUCCUAUUGCUGACCUCAUCGAAGGCAACGACGAGAUCACAAUCGUUCCUGAAGGGCCAUUUUGCCUUGUACCUUAUGCAGCGUUGCAGGACUCCAACUCAUCAUAUCUAAGUGAUUCUCUCAGAAUUCGUGUGCUUCCCUCUCUGACGACCUUGCAACUAAUUCAUGAUUGUCCAGCAGACUUUCACGUGAAGACUGGUGCAUUGCUUGUCGGCGACCCAUGUUUCAAACACAUCAUCUAUGAGGGCACACUUUUGAUGCAACUUCCAGGAGCAAGAAAAGAAGCGGAGAUGAUCGGACGUAUCCUCAAUGUCUCCCCUCUCACUGGAGAAAUGGCAACAAAAGAUGAAGUGUUAAAACGAAUAUCAUCAGUGGCCUUAGUUCACAUAGGAGCGCACGGUAAAAUGGAAACUGGAGAAGUUAUCCUAGCACCAAACACCACAAGAGAUAGCCCUCAGCCACUAGAGAAAGACUAUCUACUGACUAUGAAAGAUGUCAUAGAAGCUGGGUUGCGAGCACGUCUGGUUGUACUUAGCUGCUGUCACACUGCUCGUGGGGAGGUCAUGGCCGAGGGUGUGGUCGGUAUGGCGCGUGCACUUUUGGGUGCCGGUGCCAGAUCUGUUGUGGUAACCUUGUGGGCGAUUGGCGACGAGGGAACCCUGGAGUUCAUGAGUUUCUUUUACGAUGCACUUUCCAAAGGCAAGAAGGCAAGUGAAGCUCUCAAUCAGGCCAUGAAGUGUAUGAGGGAAAUUGAAAAGUUCAAAGAGGUGAUUUACUGGGCACCAUUUGUACUCAUUGGUGACGACGUCAACCUGGAUUUCAAUGAGAUUUAGAGGCUGCAUUAAGGCAGUGAGCAUUGGAAUCCCGGGGAGUUUUCGGAUACCUACAAAUGCUGAUAUUUGGACCAGAAACCAGUAAGCUACCGAUGAAAGCUUUGUCAAGAGUCUUCUUUUGAAAGCAGGAAGGAGCAAAAGACGGC